GACGUCAUCACAACUCGACUAACGUUCAUUGUUUUGGAGUAAAAAAGCUUUCCGACCUCCGAAACCGCAUCAACAAAAAAACAAGUUUUAAACUAUUUUUUGGUGUAACUAACGAAAUACUUUAUUAAACUAAUCACCGAUAAAGAAAUGAAUAGUCGCCUACAGGAGAUACGGGAAAAGCAGAAGCUGCGACGCCAGCUUCUAGCUCAACAGUUGGGAGCAGAGAGUGCGGACAGUAUAGGCGCCGUUCUGAACAGCAAAGACGAACUGAAGGAGAUUGAGGAGACCAGAGAGACAUACAGGGCAUCGUUCGAUGCUGCUGGGCCGAGCUCCAAGAGGAAGCCUCAGGUGGAGGGAGAGGACACAGAGGAGGACGUUGAGGAGCAGAAGGAAGAGUUGGAGAUGCUACCACCAGAUGAGAGCAACCCUUAUGAAGAGGUCUACAAGGACUCUACAACCUUCCUCAAGGGUACCCAGAGUCUGAACCCCCAUAAUGACUACUGUCAACACUUUGUGGACACCGGACACCGACCACAGAACUUCAUCAGAGACGUCGGUCUGGCAGACCGGUUUGAAGAGUAUCCUAAACUCAGAGAGCUGAUCAGACUGAAGGAUGAACUAAUCUCAACCACCAACACCCCCCCCAUGUAUCUGCAGGCCGACCCAGAGCACUUUGACCUGCGUGAUCUGAAGACUAAGUUUGAUGUGAUCCUGCUGGAGCCCCCACUAGAGGAGUACUACAGAGAGUCAGGAAUACCCCACACAGAACGCUACUGGAACUGGGACGAUAUAAUGAAGCUGGAGAUAGAGGAGAUAUCAGCCCUGCGUUCCUUUGUCUUUCUCUGGUGUGGAUCAGGAGAGGGACUGGACCUGGGGAGAAUGUGUCUGAGAAAGUGGGGUUUCAGGCGUUGUGAGGAUAUCUGUUGGAUCAAAACCAACAAGAACAACCCUGGAAAGACCAAAACCCUCGACCCUAAAGCUGUGUUUCAGAGAACCAAGGAACACUGUCUAAUGGGUAUUAAAGGAACAGUCCGGCGGUCUACAGAUGGGGAUUUCAUCCACGCCAACGUGGAUAUCGACCUGAUUAUUACCGAGGAGCCUGAGAUCGGGAACGUGGAGAAGCCGGUGGAGAUAUUUCAUAUUAUAGAGCACUUCUGUCUGGGGAGACGAAGACUACACCUGUUUGGACGAGACUCUACCAUCAGACCAGGUGGGUCCUCAGACCAGGUGGGUCCUCAGACCAGGUGGGUCCUCAGACCAGGUGGGUCCUCAGACCAGGUGGGUCCUCAGACCACAGCAUCAGACUACACCUGUUUGGACGAGACUCUACCAUCAGACCAGGUGGGUCCUCAGACCAGGUGGGUCCUCAGACCACACCAUCAGACUACACCUGUUUGGACGAGACUCUACCAUCAGACCAGGUGGGUCCUCAGACCAGGUGGGUCAUCAGACCAGGUGGGUCCUCAGACCAGGUGGGUCAUCAGACCAGGUGGGUCCUCAGACCAGGUGGGUCCUCAGACCAGGUGGGUCCUCAGACCACACCAUCAGACUAUACCUGUUUGGACGAGACUCUACCAUUUACAUUUACAUUUAAGUCAUUUAGCAGACGCUCUUAUCCAGAGCGACUUACAAAUUCAGUGGAACA